GUGGGCACCGAGUCGUCUGGCAAGACUGCGGGCACCGAGUUGUCUGGCAAGACUGCGGCACCGAAUCACCAGGCACGACAGUGGGCUCUGACUCAAUUGGCACGACAGCGGACACCGGGUCAUCAGGUACCGGAUUGUCUGGCUCGACAGCGGCAUCGGGUCACCAGGUAUGACAGCGGGCACUGGGUCACCAGGCAUCAGGUCAAUUGGCUUGCCAGCGGGCACCGCGUCAUCUGGCAAGGCAGUGGGCACCGGGUCACCAGGCAUUGGAUCGUCUGGCUCGACAGCGGGCAUCGGGUCACCAGGCAUCAGGUCAUUUGGCUCGCCAGCAGGCACUGCGUCAUCUGGCAAGGCAGUGGGCACCGAGUCACCCAGGUACGACAGCGGGCUCUGAGUCAAUUGGCACGACAGCGGGCACCGGAUCAGGUACCGGAUCAUCUGGAUCAACAGCGGGCAUCGAGUCAACUG